AUGGCUGAGGCGGUCACUGGGGGAGCUGGGAAGAUGGAGAGUGCGGGAGACGCCGCGGCAUCGACCGCUGCAACGGUGGUCACCGCCGGGACGAUCGCGCCCGGGCGGAGGUGGGCCGACGAGGCUGAGGAGGAGGAGGAGGAGGAGGAGGCGGAGAAGACGGAGAAGACGGAGGCGUCUUCCUCUGAACAGAAAUCGGAUGACUUGAAGAGACUGGAGGCCCUGCGAAUCGCAGAGGAAGAAACAAAAGAGGAGACGAAGGGCGCGCCGAGCGAGGGUCUCGAUGAGCCCGAGGACUCGGCUAUCAAAGCUGUAAGUUUUUCAACGUGGAUAUUGCUCUCCAUUAUUCUUGUCGUUCUAGGGUUUUGUGACCUACUGGUGUUUAGAGACCGACGAGACGAUGGUGGGGGGUUUUGGAUUAGUUGCUUCGUUGUCGUGGUGGAGUGGAAAACCUAGAAUUCCCGUUCAACAAGGGAUUGGAUGAACGAGCCCUGGAGCUCCCUAAUUCUUGAUUCCCUUUGAAUGAAAUCCAGGUGACGUCGGGGGACACGGUAUAUACGUCGGCGUUGUCGUUCGAAGAUUUGAACUUGUCCAAGGAAUUGAUCCAGGGUCUGUACGUUGAGAUGGGUUUCAAGCGCCCGAGCAAGAUACAGGCCGUGAGCCUCCCCAUGAUCCUCACCCCGCCUCACAAAAAUCUGGUCGCUCAAGCUCACAAUGGUAGUGGGAAGACAACAUGCUUCGUUUUGGGGAUGCUGAGCCGAGUUGAUCCACAAAAGAAGCUGCCUCAGGCACUUUGCAUAUGCCCAACACGAGAAUUGGCUCAGCAGGUUCGAUUUCUCCUGUCUUUGUCAUUUAUGCUGUUCACUGUUGUUACGCGUACUGUUUAGUCCUGAGCAUGUAAAUAUGUAAACUGCAGAACGAGGCUGUCCUUUUGAAGAUGGGGAAAUUUACGGGGAUCACUUCAGUCUGCGCCAUCCCCACUGAUUCUGCCCACUACGUCCCGAUUGCGAAGCGAGCGCCCAUCACUGAACAAGUUGUGAUCGGCACGCCGGGCACCAUAAAGAAGUGGAUGUCUGCUAAAAAGUUAAGUACAAGGGAGAUGAAGAUUCUGGUUUUCGAUGAAGCAGACCAUAUGCUAGCUGAGGUGAAAACAUCUUCAAUUGACUUUAAUGCCGUUCAUCUCGUUUCUAGAAUUAAUUGUCGUUUUUCUUUCUUUCCCUUUUUCUUGCUAUUCUUUUUCCCGGGUUGUGUACUUUGCCGUAGGAAUGUAGCAGAAGAGUAGGAGCCUGAGUCUUUUUGGCUCAUUAUUUAAGCUAGAAAAAUAGAUCAAUUGGGAUUGCUUGGAAGUCUUGUAUGUUUUUGCUGAAUGAUCGGUUUCAAAAAUGGCUACUUUUGGUCGCACCUUUUUUUUAUCUGAAUCGCACGUCUCCUCAAGCCAAUGAAAGUAUUUCCUUUUGUUCUUCUCUUUUGUUUUCUUUUACCGUAGGGGUGCCAACUUCAUCGACUGUAUGUGGAAUCUCCAUCGCUGUCAUUUGGUCUCCUCAUUUCAGUAUUACAUCUUACAAAUCAUAUUCGUCUAAACUGUAGCUUUGUUCUUCACGCAGGAUGGAUUUCGGGACGACUCUGAGAGGAUAAUGAAGGAAAUUCAGAGAAAUAGUGCCAGCUGCCAGGUAUGUGGACAGAAAUUCUAUAUUUUCCUCCUCGUUGCUUGGAAACUAGAAAUGAAGUUUUCAAUUCCUUUUUCAGUAUUUUAUCAAAUGUCAAUGCUUAUGAUGCUCCUCGUCUCCUAGUUUUGUAUAAAAUUGUCUCUGCUAAUUAUGUCUGGAAAACCCAAAUGAAAUAAAAAAAAGGCUGCUUUUCAACGAGUGGUUGCAGACGCCCUCAGAGCAUUGAAGGUUGAUAGGGAGCUACAUUGAUUCAGAAAUGCCACGGGAGUUCCCAAACUUGUGUUGAUUUGCUUCCACGUGGUACUUGUACCAGUCAGGGAACUAGGAAAAAGGUAGAUUUGAUUAGUGAAGUCAAUAGCUCGAUAGAGUUUGGGUUGCUCAGCCCGGGUUGAUUCAUGUGAUAUCCUACAAGUUGCAGCUAAUACGGGCUGAUUCUCGUAUAAGCUGGCCUGACAUCCUGGAUAUCUCCACUAGCCCCAAUAAGACCUCCGCCUGCCUUUCCAUUCUUGUGUUGUCUAGGUCAAUUUUGUUGUGGGUAGUACUAGUAAUCAGAUUAGCUAGGCUCUUCGAGGUUUCCCUGGACCGAGACUGAAUUGCAUGAAAAUAUCAAACUUUAAGCUCUAAGAUUGGCUCGCGUUUGUUUUGGGAUUGUCUCUUGCUUUUCGUAAAUUGUUUUUCUUCUCUUCUGCAGUGGAUGGAUAAUUCUAAUCUUCAAUUUGGGUUUAUUUUUCUUCCACUAAUCUGCAUACUCUUUCUCUGUUGGCGCUUCUAGCUCACCCCAGGCUGGUGACAUCUGACAAAAUAAUACACGCAUUCGUAUUAUAGUUAUUUUCUUGACGAAUCCAAACUCCAUUUAUUAUUUUAUGUGUGGAAUUGUCGAUCUCGGAAUGUAAUAUUUUUAUUUCUUCCUCCCCCCUCUAAAUAUCUAGCGCAGCCAUCCCUUUUCUAGCAGAUGGUGUGUACUCAUGAUGUUCCGCAUCAUGCACUGCGUUGAAAUCAUCUGAAAGGAACUUUUAGAAUCUCCUGUAUAUCCAUGUCUCAACAAGCCAGGCCAAUGAGUGGAACAGGACCUCCUUUCGAUGAUCUGAAAUCGUUCAUCUGGUUCUGGACCUAGGCCUGGAGAACGGAAUCCCAUAGACUUGGGGAGAGCUCUGUGGCUGGAUGGCAGCUUGGAGCUGGCUUUUGAGAGUGCUUGAGUGUGCUUAUUUUGGAACGGCAGUGGGGAGAGAGGGAGAAUAGGCCUGAAGGCCUGCGGGAUAAUUGAUUGCUCAUAUAUUUUUUCGUUUUGAUAUUUGGAAGCAGGCAGCCUUUUUUUUUUGAGGUGCCCAAAAGUCAGCGCGUUCCGUGCUUAUAUGUCAAUGGGUUUUGAGUUGGCUGCAGGUGCUGUUGUUCUCCGCCACCUUCAAUGAGACUGUGAAAGCAUUUGUGUCGAGGGCGGUCAGGGAUGCCAACCAGCUGUACGUAAAGAAAGAAGAGUUGACUCUAGAGAUGGUCAAGCAGUACCAGGUUCACUGCCCUGACGAACUCUCCAAGGUGGAGGUGAUAAAGGACAAGAUCUUCGAGUUUGGGGAGAAGGUGGGGCAGACCAUCAUCUUCGUCCGGACGAGGCACAGCGCCAGUAUGUUGCACAAGACUUUGCUCAGCGAUGGGUACGAGUGCACCUCCAUCCAGGGCGCCAUCGAGCAGGCGGACAGGGACAAGAUCAUUAAGGAAUUUAAAGAUGGGUUGACCAAGGUCCUCAUCACCACGGAUCUUCUCGCGAGAGGGUUUGACCAGGCGCAGGUGGGUUUUAUCUUCCCGACGAGAUACUUGCUAGGCUGAUCAGUGCCCGGCUCUAACGUGCUCUUUUGUUUGGUUUUUCGAAAAGGUCAACUUGGUUGUCAACUAUGAUCUCCCGGUGAAGCACGAGUCUCCGUCCGAACCAGAUUAUGAGGUGUACUUGCAUAGGAUCGGCAGGACUGGCCGUUUUGGACGCAAGGGUGAGUUGAUUUUCAUGUCUCAUCGCUCCUGUUUGUCGAUUGUUGUUUUUUCGUCCUCCUUGGGCCGGCCGCCAUGGUUGAUCGCGAGCUUUGUGUUUGUGGCGACAGGGGCCGUCUUCAACCUGAUCUGCACCGACAGGGACAGGAUGAUCAUGGAGAAGAUCGAGCGGCACUUUGCGCACGAAGUCCCCAAGGUAUAACCCCCCCCCCCCCUCUUUUGCUCCGAACCCGUUAGGAGGAGGAGGUCGAUUUGAUGAUGCUCUCGCUCUCCCUUGCUUCCCUCCUCAGGUUCCCGACUGGCGGAGCGAAGAGGGCUUCAAGGCGGCCCUGGAAGCCGCCGGGUUGCUGUGA